AUGACCGUCGACUGGGAAAUUCCCCGUGGGGCAAUAACUGUUCUGACCGAAUUCCAUGUGCAGGGCUUGGUGAUGACCAAAUUUAGCAAUGUCGCACACCUCGAGAGGAUACCUGCAGACGUCGUCCAGGCCAUGCAGGUAGUAGAUGACAGCGCCGCAAAAGAGAUCGAGCAGACGCUGCAGCAGUCGCGCCAGGGGGGCUACCUGCCAUCCGCAGCAGAGGAAAAAGCGCAGCAUCGCGCUCAACCGCAAGCUGGACGUCUUCCUCGUGCCGUUCUGCGCGCUGAUCUACCUCUUCAACGGGCUCGAUCGAAGCAAUCUCGGCAAUGCGCAGACCAACGGCUUCACGAGCGACCUGGGGAUCCCCGCGUCGGCCGUCAACACGGCGACAUCGCUCUUCUUCGCGACGUACGUCCCCUUGUAGCCCGUGUCGGCCGCCAUAGGGAAGAAGGUCGGCCAGUCGUACUGGCUGGGGAUCAUCGGCGUGGGCUGGGGCGCACUGACGGUGGCACACGCCUUCAUCAAGACCGAAACGCAGCUGAUUGUGCUGCGGCUGCUGAUCGGCGUCUUCGAAGCGGGCUUCUACCCGACGGUGGUGUCGUACCUGGCGCAAUUCUACCCACGGUACGACCUGGCAUUUCGCAUCGCGUUGUUUUACGGCAGUUAUGCGAUUGCCGGCGCGUUCGGGGGCAUCAUCGCGUACGGCUGCUUCCAGAUCAACGGGUCGCUGCAUGGGUGGCAGUAUCUCUUCAUCAUCGAGGGCGUCUGCUCGCUGGCCAUCGCGCUGGCGACGCCGUUCUGCUCGCCACGGGGCCGGGCACAGCGUGGUUCCUCACGCCGACAGAACGCCGCUACGCAGAGAACCGCAUGAUGAUCGACGCGGCGGCGAAUUUUGACUCGACGCACAAGCUCAGUUGGCGGGAUGUCACGGAGGCGCUGCUGGACUGGAAGCUCUGGCUGGUGCUGCCGUUCAAUAUCCUGCAGAGCGUGCCGCCGCAGGGGUUCACCAUCUUCUUCCCGACUGUCGUGAAGGGCCUGGGAUACUCCGGACCAACAGCCAACCCGAUGACCGUGCCGCCGUACGUCAUCGGGGCCGCGUUUCUGCUUCUUUUCUCGUUCGUGUCGGACCACUACCACACGCGGCUGUGGCCCAUCCUCGUCGCGCUGGUCAUCGACAUGAUCGGGCUCGUCAUGACGAUUACCCUUCCCUUGGACAACAUCGGCGGACGGUACGCGGGGCUCGUCAUCCUGCUAGCAGGGACAUUCAUCGCGUCACCGAUCACAGUGACGUGGCUAGCAGGCAACACGCCCGAGCCAGGCAAGAGGACGGUCGUCCUAGGUAUCAACGGCUGGGGGAACCUAGCAGGGAUAAUCGGCAGCGAGAUCAUCCUCGCAAAGUACGGGCCGACGUACCGCGUUCCGCUAGGCAUCACGCUGGGGCUGGUAGGGGUUUCGUUCGUCGGAUACGCGGGUUAUGGGAUCGCGUUAAGGGUAGUUAAUUGCUGGAAAGCGAGGAAAGUGGCAGCCAUGACGGCGGAGGAGAUUGAGGAGGAGAAUAGAGGGGAGAGGAGGAAGGGGAUUUCAUAUCAUGGUAGAUAG